AUGUUAUCAAUAAGAAAAGAUAUUGAUUUGUCAAAAUGUAUUGAUGAGAAAAAACGAAGCUCUGCUUGGAAAAAUGAAAUCUGUCGUCGUGUAGUUGAUGUUUGUAAACAGUUGAAGAAUCAACAAUGGACACCAUAUACUGAUGAUCCAGAUGAAGUACAUCAAACUCUUUCAUCUCUAUGUCCAUAUGUUUUAUUUAUUUUAAAAACUCGUCAGACAUCAACUGCAUCAAUUCUUAAUGAUAAUUCGAAUAAUCGAACAUUAACAUCUAAUCUAUUGCGAUUUAAUAAAAUAGCUCAAGCAUCCGCAUUUCAUCGAGCCUAUGUUGAAAUUUCGAAACGUCUAUCAUCAUUUAAUUCUUGGCCUCAAGAAGACUUACCUUCUGUUGAUGAUCUUGUUCGAGCAGGAUAUUUUUAUACUGGCUUAAAAACAAUUGUUACCUGUUUUUAUUGUAAUGGAUCACUUCAAAAUUGGGGUCCCCAAGAUAAUCCAUUGAUUGAACAUGUAUGUUGGUUUCCUCUUUGUGCCUAUGCUAAACAAUUAUGUGAUGAUGAACUAUAUCGAAAAGUUCAAGAAUCAAAACGAAUUCGUCAAGAAAAUGAUUUUGCUACUGAUUGUGAUUUAUUCAUUGCUUGUAUUAUUCUUCAAAAACAAAUCGAUCAUAUCAAUGGUCGUGAAGAAAAUAUUAUUGUACCGAAGUCAUUAUCGUCCACGCCAAUAUCGAACGAACCAUUUUCAUCAAAUUCAUCGAAUACUAAUAAGAUAACUGAAACAACAUCAACAAUUGCAACGAUCGAUCAUCAAUCAAAAACAGAAACAAAAACUAGUUCGAAAACGGAUUUAGCGUCUUCGAAUUUGUGUAUACUUUGUUCAACAAAAGAUAAACGUCUUGCAUGUAUUCCAUGCGGAUAUUUGGCAACUUGUGUUCCCUGUGGUCAUACACUUCGAACAUGUUCAAUUUGUCGACAAGAAAUAGAGGCUUUUGUACGCAUCUACAUUUAA